UUUACCCCUACGUAACUGCAUUGUCUCGAAACAGUAUUAUAAAAAUAUAAUAAACAUUUCCUGAAAAAAAACGAUUCUAUUUUUGUUUGCUUUAACUUUAUAAAUCUUCUCUAUAUACUUUUUUCAGAGGGUUUGGUUUGUGUGUUUGUGUUUGCGUGUGAGUAACUCACUGAAGAGGGUAGAGAGAAAAAAGAAAGUUCUUAGCUUUGGAUGAAACACUGUCUUAUUCCACUCCUCUUCUCUUGGGUUUCUCUCUCCCUCUCUCUCUUCUUCCUUCUUUCUUUUGUAUUUACUCUUGUCUCUGGAUCUCAUUGCUUCUGUGGAGUAAACUUGAGGGAUAACUAAACGAAAAAGAAAACCUUUUUUUUGAUUCUCUGAGCUGUUGUGCAUUGUCCCUUUCAAAGGUUCUCUAGAAAGAUUCGAACUGUUUUUGGAACUUUGUUGUGAGGUUAAGUCCUUGGGCAAUAUAAUAAAUGGCAACACUUUCGGAUAUUGGUGUAUCAGCUGGGAUUAACAUCCUCAGUGCAUUCAUUUUCUUCAUAAUCUUUGCGGUUCUGAGGCUCCAGCCCUUUAACGACAGAGUCUACUUCUCCAAAUGGUACCUCAAGGGGCUGAGGAGCAGCCCUUCUCGCGGUGGCGCCUUUGUGCAGCGCUUUGUGAACUUGGACUUCAGGGCGUACUUGAAGUUCUUGAAUUGGAUGCCUGAGGCUCUCAAGAUGCCUGAGCCUGAGUUGAUCGAUCACGCCGGUUUGGAUUCUGUUGUGUAUCUCAGGAUUUACUGGCUAGGGCUUAAGAUCUUUGUUCCAAUAGCAGCGCUUGCUUGGGCUGUUCUUGUGCCGGUUAACUGGACGAACAACACGUUGGAGUUGGCUAGGCAGCUAAGGAAUGUAACGUCGAGUGAUAUUGAUAAACUGUCUGUUUCGAAUAUCCCAGAGUAUUCAAUGAGGUUUUGGACACAUAUAGUGAUGGCAUAUGCAUUUACCAUCUGGACUUGUUAUGUGUUGAUGAAAGAAUAUGAGACGGUUGCUAACAUGAGGCUUCAGUUUGUUGCAUCAGAAGCUCGCCGACCUGACCAGUUCACUGUUCUUGUCAGAAAUGUACCUCCGGAUGCAGAUGAGUCUGUUAGUGAACUUGUGGAGCAUUUCUUCCUUGUCAAUCACCCUGAUCACUACCUGACUAAUCAGGUUGUAUGCAAUGCAAACAAGCUAGCAGAUUUGGUGAAAAAGAAGAAAAAGAUGCAGAACUGGCUUGACUAUUACCAGCUCAAAUACGCUAGAAACAACUCUCAGAGACUUAUGGUGAAGCUUGGCUUCCUUGGGCUUUGGGGACAAAAAGUGGAUGCAAUCGAACACUACAUAGCCGAAGUUGACAAAAUAUCAAAAGAGAUAGCUAAAGAGAGAGAGGAAGUGGUGAAAGACCCCAAGUCCAUCAUGCCAGCAUCUUUCGUCUCCUUCAAAACUCGUUGGGCUGCUGCCGUCUGCGCUCAGACCCAGCAGACCCGGAACCCCACCCAAUGGCUAACCGAAUGGGCUCCAGAGCCUCGUGAUGUAUACUGGCCCAACCUCGCUAUCCCAUACGUUUCUCUGACCGUUAGAAGACUGUUAAUGCACGUUGCCUUCUUCUUCCUAACCUUCUUCUUCAUCAUCCCAAUCGCCUUUGUUCAAUCUCUCGCUACCAUUGAAGGGAUUGUCAAAGCUGCACCGUUCUUGAAAGUUAUCGUCGAAGACAAGUUUAUGAAGUCAGUGAUACAAGGGUUUCUACCUGGUAUAGCGUUGAAGCUCUUCCUCAUCUUCCUCCCAUCCAUCCUCAUGAUCAUGUCCAAGUUCGAAGGCUUCACAUCGAUCUCUUCCUUAGAGAGACGCUCGGCGUCGAGGUACUACAUCUUCAACUUCGUCAACGUCUUUCUCGCCAGCGUCAUCACCGGAGCUGCGUUUGAACAGCUCAGCGCUUUCCUCAACCAGUCCCCAAACCAAAUCCCCAAAACCAUCGGUGUGGCUAUACCGAUGAAGGCGACGUUCUUCAUCACUUACAUAAUGGUCGACGGCUGGGCAGGUGUAGCUGGAGAGAUACUUAUGCUGAAACCUCUGAUCAUGUUCCAUCUCAAGAACACGUUCUUGGUCAAGACUGAGAAAGACAGAGAGGAGGCGAUGGAUCCGGGGAGCAUUGGGUUUAACACUGGAGAGCCGAGGAUACAGCUUUACUUCCUUCUUGGUCUUGUCUACGCUCCUGUGACGCCUAUGCUUCUUCCUUUCAUCUUGGUUUUCUUCGCUCUUGCUUACAUUGUUUACCGUCAUCAGAUCAUAAACGUGUACAAUCAAGAAUACGAGAGCGCUGCUGCGUUUUGGCCAGACGUUCAUGGACGAGUCAUAGCUGCGUUGAUAAUAUCUCAGCUGCUUCUUAUGGGUCUACUGGGAACUAAACACGCUGCGUUAGCUGCGCCGUUUCUCAUUGCUUUGCCUGUGCUUACCAUCGGGUUCCACCACUUCUGCAAAGGUCGUUACGAGCCGGCUUUCGUCAGGUACCCUUUGCAGGAAGCUAAGAUGAAAGAUACAUUGGAAAGCGCGAGAGAGCCGAACUUGAACCUCAGAGGCUACUUGCAGAGUGCUUACGUUCAUCCAGUGUUUAGAGGCGAUGAAGAUGAGGAUGACUAUGAUGAUGACAAGCUCCGGAAGUUUGAGGAGGAAGCCAUUAUUGUUCCCACCAAACGUCAGUCGCGGAGGAAUACUCCUGCUCAUAGCAGGAUCAGCGGAGAAUCUUCACCAUUUAGUGGUAAAGUCUAGAGAAACAUUUUUCAACAAGAGAUGUCUUACAAGUACAUAUACAUAUGGUACUUUUCUAUAUGUACAUAGACAAAGAGAAAGAACGGAUACGUUAGCUCAGUGAAGUACUAAAAUGGGGAUUGGUCUAAGCUUUUUGUUCAAGAAAAGAUUUGUGUUGUGGAGAGACCUUAAGGGUUUUAUCAGUGGAUUCCAAAGUUUCGAGGUUCUUGUU